UCAUUGGAAGAACUUGUAGCUCUUUGUGGGCAAAAGAACGAUACAGUAUAAAAGUAUCACCAUAGAAAAUUUGUCUGCAACCUGAACAUUCAAUGAGACAGUGAAAAUUGGGAGAUCUGAUGAUUGUUUCCCCACAAACCUCGGAAAUACAAAAAAGGAAAGAAAAAAAGAAACCAUUACUUCAAGUGGUAGUUGCCACAGACAUUGUUUUGUAGGUCAGACCUUUGAACACUAGCUAGGUUGGUAAGUCAGUGAAUGAAGUUGGUCGUAACGCUUUGAUGUCUUCGUUUUUGGCCAAUGCUGCCGAAAUUCGUUAGAUGAUUCAAAGGGCCCAGCACGUGCUUUCCACCCGCGACAGUGUCGUAAAGCGAGCUUUGCUUCACGCAGAUGUUAGGUGAAGCCAACUUGCAGAAUGGGGACGUGUAAUGUUGCCAGAUGUUGUCCUAAUCAAGAAGAUCCUGAUAUGUCCCCUCCACAUGUUCUGGGCCAGUGCGACGUCACAGAGCAUCCCAGUUUAUUGUUGUGAGGGUGGUAAAAAGGUCAAAACAGAGAUAAGGUUACAGGCCAUGUAAUCCCUUUAAUCUUAUCUCCACCACCACCAGAGGGGGGUCAUUGCUUGCAUUGCACAACAUGAAGUAAAGGAGUUCAUGGUGAGGAUGGUAAGAAUCUUCCUCCCUUCUCAAAAGGAGGAGCAGCAUGAAUGGCACGCUCUCGCAUCACGGGGGAACGACCUCUGUCGCCUCCAAGUCUUGUUCGUUUCUGUUCGUAUCAUCCAAACUGUAAUACAUGUGAAGGAUAAACAUUCAGGCUGGGACUGGAAAAUAAUUCAUAUCAUCUCGAAAUUCGUAUAAUCCAUGAUCGUAUCAUCGAGAUUCUACUGUAGAACCUCGGUAAUUCGAACUCGGAUAAUUCAAAUUCCCGGUUAAUUCAAACAAAUUUUGAAGUUUUGUUUGGCCCACUUAAUUCAAACCUUGACUCCGGUUAAUUCGAAUUCCGUGCGAGAGGGAGAGCUGAGAGCAGAGUGUGCCUCUUGGAAGGUGCAUGUGCGAGCGUGGCCGGUAAUUGCGUAGUUGCGUUUUGUCCACUUAGAACAGUGUGUUGCGUGCGUCCUCUUCGCAAGAAGUGAAACCAACAGUGUCCGCGGGGUUCUGUAACCAAUGUCAACGAGGGCCAAGUAUAAAACGCUUUCCUCGAAGGAAAAGCUGACUGCUAUCGACGAAGUGGAGUCGGGAUUGAAGAAGACUGUUGUCCUAACUAAGUAUGGCAUCGCAAAAAGUACUAUAGCAGCGAUCAUGAAUAGUAAAGACAAGAUCCGAGGGAAGGCACAUGGCUUUACAGCGAACCGGAAAAGGCUUCGGGAAGCUGCGCACCCGCGCGCGACAGAGGCACUUCUCCUGUGGCUGAAACGAGCCAGAAGUUCGAAUAUACCGGUAAGCGGCCCUAUCCUGCAGGCGGAAGCCAACGAACUGGCGGAGCGUCUCGGACAUGCGGAUUUCAAAUGUAGCAACGGUUGGAUCUCACGCUUUAAAGAGAGACACGGCCUGGUCUUCAAAGCUGUCAGCGGUGAGGAGGCUGCAGGGGAUCCGAGCGUCGUAACCAAUUGGCAAGCAAUGAGGCUGCAAACCGUUCUGAGGGAGUAUGCCCCGUGCGAUGUUUACAAUGCCGACGAACUGGGACUGUUUUUUAAGUGCCUGCCGAGUCAGACCUUGUGUCGUCGUGGCGAACGCUGCACGGGAGGUAAACUAAGUAAGGAAAGGGUGACCGUGAUGGUGUGUUCCAAUAUGGAUGGAAGUCACAAGACCCAACUGUUCGUCAUCAGAAAAGUGAGGCGCCCGAGGUGCUUUAAGGGCGUCCGCACCCUUCCCGUUGCGUAUGCAGCGAAUUCUUGUGCGUGGACGACGCAGGAAUUGUUCAAACAGUGGCUACGCAAGCUUGAUCUGGAGUUUAAAUGCGCGAAAAGGAAUGUUGUCCUGGUGAUAGACAACUGCCCAGCACAUGGCUGUGUGGAAGGACUGGAGGCAAUUAAGUUAGAGAUGCUUCCACCCAACACAACAGCAUCACUCCACCCCAUGGACCAGGGCGUAAUACAGAAUUUGAAGGUGAACUACAGGAGGCUGCUUCUGCAGCGAAUGUUGCUUUACAUGGACAACAACAUGGCUUACGAUGUGACGCUUCUUAGUGCAAUUGGAAUGCUUUCAGAGGCCUGGGAGGCAAGCCAGCACCAUUAA